AAAAAAUUAAAUAUCCAAUAUCUCCAGACGCGCUCACUCUCACGCUCCAUCUUCCCCAAACCCUCGCUCCCACUCUCUGUUUCUCACUCUCUCCGUUAGAACUCCAUACCAAAAUCUCUCCACAUUUCUUCUUUAAUUCCCAGUUUUUAUUUUAACAAUUUUCUCUCGGAAGAAAACAACACAAAUUUUCUCGGCAACCAAACAAUAACCAUGUCGACAACAACACAACCAAAACGGCACCGUGUAGGCUACGCUUUAGCUCCAAAAAAGGUUCAAAGCUUCAUCCAACCGUCGCUAAUCAGCCACGCGAACCACCACAACAUCGAUCUCAUCCCAAUUGACCCCUCCAAACCCCUAAUCGAACAAGGAUCGUUCGAUACAAUCAUCCACAAACUCUACGGCCCCGAUUGGAAAUCACAGCUUGAGAAAUUCUCAUUACAAAACCCUAAUGUUCCAAUUAUUGACUCUCUCGAGUCUAUUGAGCGUCUUCACAACAGGAUUUCAAUGCUUGAGGUAGUGAGUAGGUUAAAAAUCUCUAACAGAACUGAAAUUUUAGAAAUCCCUAGUCAAGUUGUGGUUUUAGAUUCCAAGAAUUUGAGAGAAAAUGUUUCAAUUGGGGAAUUAAGGUUUCCAUUAGUGGCUAAGCCUUUAGUUGCUGAUGGCAGUGCUACUUCUCAUCAAAUGUAUCAAAUUUUUGAUAAUGAUGGGUUGGAGAGAUUAGAUGCUCCUACUGUUUUGCAAGAUUUUGUUAAUCAUGGUGGUGUUAUUUUUAAAGUGUAUGUUGCAGGUGAUUAUGUUCAGUGUGUUAAGAGGAAAUCUUUGCCUGAUAUUUCGCUCGAGAAAUUGGCGACGUUGAAGGGUUCUUUGUCGUUCUCACAAAUUUCGAACUUGAAUGCUAGGGAUAAGAAUGAGGGUAGGCAUGAGGGUGUUGUUGAUCUUGAGAGAGUUGAAAUGCCACCUUUGGGUUUUGUUGAGGAGAUUGCUAGGGGAAUGAGAAAGGAAACUGGGCUUAAUUUGUUUAACUUUGAUGUUAUUAGGGAUGCUAAGAUUGGGAAUAGGUAUUUUGUGAUUGAUAUUAACUAUUUCCCGGGGUAUGCUAAGAUGCCGAAUUAUGAGUCUGUUUUGACGGAUUUUUUCUUGGAUAUGCUUUCCGAUAAGGAGAGUAGAGUGGGGAUUGCUGGACAUGCUGAGGAUGGUGAGGAGGCUAGCUUUAUUGGCAGUGGCGAACGACAAGGAAAAAAUGAUUGAUCAGCAAGUAAUUAGGAAAAAGCGAUUGGGCUUGCUUAAAGAACCGAGUUUAACUGGAUGAAAGGAAGUCUUUGUAGCUGAAGGAUCCAGCUACGUUUCCCCCUUUAGAAGCCUCCUUUGGCAUUUCGUACUUAUUUUGUAAAUGCAGCCAAUCUGCCAAAUAGGUACAUUCAAAUGUUUGAAGUUUAAGGAAGGUUAAAGUUUGACAAAAAUCUAUUGCCAUAGUUGCAGCUUUGUCGAUGUAUGCACAAAUGUUGUUAUCUUUGAUGAAUUGCAAUUUCUCGUAUAUUUCCUUUUC